UUUGUUAGUUCUCUGGGUGUGUGAUAUUCCGGCUGGUGGUGUGUAUUUGUUUUCUGCACGGCAGUAAAACAGGCUUUUGGUGAUCCUUUAUUGUCUACCGGAACAGACCGUCUGCGCCGGCUAUAAUACUGCACGUGGCUGACAUAUGUAAACGCAGCGUUGUUAUAGCUUGGCGGGUCAGCGCUUCCUCGAAUACACCGACGUCCCUCGCUUCCCUCUCUACACUGACAGUCAGUUUGCGGGUACAGGACUAUAUAAGGCUGGCAGUAUUCAAACAUGGCGGUAGCGUUUUACAAAGUGAACCGUGGUCCUGGGGCAGACUCCCACGGUGAGCGACACGCCCCGAGCCUUGCCGGACGGUGUGCAGUGUUCAUCACAGGAGCCGAUAAAGGAAUUGGGAAAUCCUUCGCCUGGCAAAUUGGCAAAUUCUUAGGGAAUGCUCCCGAAACGAAAAACUCCGCUCUGAUUUUGACAGCCCCACCGGGCUCCAAAGGCCUGCAUAAAUGCCAAGAGGAAAUCAGGGCAUUUUCGCCGGCUUUACAAGUCAUCACAGUUGAGGCAGAUUUUGCAGAUACUGAGAAUCUGGGACAAGUAUGGGAGAAAAUGACAGAAGACCUCAAGCCAGAAGAUUUUUUCCAAGCAAUUUUCAUCCACAAUGCUGGGACAAUGAAUGACGUCACGAAGCCAGCGUGGGCGUACGAUGACCCAAACUAUCUUCGGAAAUACUUCGAUAUCAACGUAUUUUCCAUGAUUAUGCUGACGUCAAAAUUUGUGACAAUGUUCAAGGACAAAAGUAAAGUCACCAUUGUAGCAGUAACGCAUGAGGAUUUGAGACUGUUUCCUAGCAUGUCUAUAUAUGCCUCCGCGAAAGAAGCUAGGGAUGCGUACUUGCGGGAUCUACUUUCGGAGGAUCCUAAACUUCUGGGAUUUUCUUAUAACCCUGGCUUGGUGAAAACGGACAUGAGUGACUAUGUUUUGGAGAAUACCUACUUUACUCCACUGCGAAACGAACUGAAGAAAAUGAGAGCAGAGAAAAAGGAAACCUUACUGAAAUACACGGCACUCAAACUGAUGAAAGUGCUUACGUCUGGGGUUUACCAAAACGGCGGUAGAGUCAAUGCUGAAGACGUGGCACUGUGAGACGGGGGGACACUGCGAGGAGGUUGUAGAUCUAGGACCAAAGUACUAAUGCAAAUCUGCUUGAAGUAAACAGAAUAUGACGUCUUGCCAUGUUUCGGUAGACUCUGAUGUCCACUAAAUUUUAUCUUAAACAUAAUCUGGUCUGUAUGUUUGACGAAAAGGAAUCUGUUGUAAAACCUUGAAUGUGUCGGAGGCACUAUUAGAUGAUGACUAGGAUCUGUCGUGUAAGAAAGCCUGUGUUGGAGGUACUAUUUGAGAACUAGAAUCAGUUGAGUAAGCCUGUCCUGCAGGCAUUGUAUUUCAUUAAACCUGCGGAUCGUCGUGGGUUUCCCCCGGGCUCUGCCCGGUUUCCUCCCACCUUAAUGCUGACCGCCGUCAUACAAGUGAAAUUUUCUUGAGUACGACGUAAAACACUCAUCAAAUGAUUAAAUAAAUAAUUUCAUUAGGGAAAGAAUCUGCCAGUUAACAACCCUGUGUUGGAGACGCUAUUUGAUAAGAACUAGAAUAUGUGACAUAAGCCUACGUUGGAGGCACUGUUUGAUGAGAACUACAAUCUGUGACAUAAGCCUACGUUGGAGGCACUGUUUGAUGAGAACUACAAUCUGUGACAAGCUACGUUGGAGGCACUGUUUGAUGAGAACUAGAAUCUGUGACUUAAGCCUAUGUUAGAGGCACUGUUUGAUCAGAACUAGAACCCUAUAUAAUCCUAUGUUAGAGUUAUUAUUUCGUAAAGAACAAAAUUUGUUGUAUAAGUCUAUGUUACAGGAAUUAUUUCACAAGGACUAGAAUAUUUUAUGUAAGCAAGCCUCUCUUGCAGGCACUAUUUGAUGUGGACUAGAAUCCUUUAUGAAAACAAACCUGCAUGUUUUGAAGGCACUAUUUGAUGAGGACUAGCAAGACUGUCUUGCAAGCACUAAUUGAUGAGGACGAGAAUCUUAAGCAAGCCGGUUUCAGGCAUUAUUUCAUGAGAACCAGAAUCUUUUAUGUAAGUUAGCCUAUGUUUGAGCCACUGUCUCGUGAGGACUGGCAUCUGUUAUAAACUUCUGUACACUAAAGGGGAACUUGUUUUACAUAUUUGUCUUCCUAAGUAUAGAAUAUUCAUGCAGCAGUGAGCUUAUAGAUCUAUCAGUGAGAAUAUUUAGCCGUUGUCUUAAGCGUUAAGCUCGUGUCCUUUUGGGUACGAAUCCUGUAACAUUCCAGUGAAAGUGUCAUGCUAUGAAAAAAAUCGUCUUUCCCAUGCAUGCGUUAUUUCGCGAUAUGUAGACCUACUUCUGUAGAGGCCCGACUUCUGUGGAUGACCAACUCGAUCUGACUAGAAAUUGUGCGAAAUGCUACUGAAAUGAGUUUGUGAGAAACCAUUAACCAUUCAUCAAUCCAAACAAGUGCCUAUAUGAAAAUUUUCUCACAAGGAUUUCUGAUCCUAACCUAUUCUCAGUUUACUAUUACAUAGUAGAGAAACGCCGAGCAAAUGACGAUUACUUUUCAAGAAUCGUCAUUUGCAAGGCGUUUCUGUUACGUAAACGAGUCCAGUGUUAUGCAGCUGUCGAUCAUUUUUCAAGAAUCAACAGUUAUUGUUCUUUUGUCCUCUGGAACUAUUUACCGGUCAAAAAUGCAUUCACUUUGUAACCCUGGCAAUACCAGGGCUCACCUCCAUGUUACAAGGGAAAACUUAGUUCGUGUCGCUUUACAUAAAGAACAUCUGCAAAUAUACCGACUUCCAUUCGCUUGAAGUGCUGGGAUAAUGCAUGGCUAUGCGAAGAAGGUAACGCUGUAUAUAAGCCGAGCGAGUUUAGACACUUUAUUCGAAACAUGGCGAGCUCUUAGAAUGCGAUAUUUUUCGAACACAACACCGAUUUUCACGUCACCAGAGUGACAUGGAGGACUCGACGAUCGUAAAUAACGUUUUAUGUCAAAGGAUUGACGUCACAACAAAUGUUUAAAGUUGUGUAAAGGGAGAAGGUUGUAUCGUCUUCCCGGAUAGCACAGUGGGAUAAUGGAAUGUUUUAAAGCCUUGUUUUCGUGAGUUCGAGCCCCAUUCUUCUGUAUUCUUAGGUUAUACAAAUCGUCGCCCUUCAUCACUCAACCUACUAACUCACAAGUGUCGAUUCUUGAAAAAUAAUCGACCGCGCUAUACAACAGCGUGACGCUACAGCGAGCGUUUAAACGCACGAUAUCUAGGCCCUUU